AUGGUACUGGAAGGAAACCCUGAAGUGGGGUCCCCCCGGACCUCAGGCCUCCGGCACCCUGGGAGCAAGAGCUGCUGUGUCCUCUCGUCUCCAGUAGAAGAUGCCCAGCCAGGGGAGGAGCCCCUCAAAUAUGGUGAACUCAUCGUCCUGGGAUGCUGUGAGGAAGGAGGUGAGGAAACCGAGGCUCAGAGAGGGGAAGUGACUGGCCCGAGGGCACACAGCUGCUACAACGGGUGCCUGGCAAGUGGGGACAAGGGCCGCCGGCGGAGUCGCCUGGCGCUGAGCCGCCGGCCGCAUGCCAAUGGGGUGAAGCCGGACGUCAUGCACCACAUCUCCACACCGCUCGUGUCCAAGGCCCUGAGUAACCGCGGCCAGCACAGCAUCUCGUACACCCUUUCCCGGAGCCACUCUGUCAUAGUGGAGUAUACGCAGGACAGCGACACAGACAUGUUCCAGAUUGGCCGCUCCACUGAGAAUAUGAUUGACUUUGUGGUGACAGACACGUCCCCCGGAGGUGGGGCCGGUGAGGGCCCCUCCGCCCAGAGCACCAUCUCCCGUUAUGCCUGCCGCAUCCUCUGUGACCGCCGACCGCCCUACACUGCCCGUAUCUAUGCCGCUGGCUUCGAUGCUUCCAGCAACAUCUUUCUUGGAGAGCGGGCAGCCAAGUGGCGGACACCCGACGGCCUGAUGGACGGCCUGACCACUAAUGGGGUCCUGGUGAUGCACCCGGCCGGUGGCUUCUCCGAGGACUCGGCCCCGGGGGUCUGGCGGGAGAUCUCGGUCUGCGGUAACGUGUACACGCUUCGGGACAGCCGCUCGGCCCAGCAGCGGGGGAAGCUGGUGGAAAACGAAUCCAACGUGCUGCAGGAUGGCUCCCUCAUCGACCUGUGUGGGGCCACGCUGCUGUGGCGCACGCCGGCCGGGCUGCUGCGGGCACCGACGCUGAAGCAGCUGGAGGCCCAGCGGCAGGAGGCCAAUGCCGCGCGGCCCCAGUGCCCCGUGGGGCUCAGCACCCUGGCCUUCCCCAGCCCCGCCCGAGGCCGCACAGCCCCUGACAAGCAGCAGCCCUGGGUCUACGUCCGCUGCGGCCACGUCCACGGCUACCAUGGCUGGGGCUGCCGGCGGGGGCGGGGCCCACAGGCCCGCGAGUGUCCACUCUGCCGCCUCGUGGGGCCCUACGUGCCGCUGUGGCUGGGCCAGGAGGCCGGCCUCUGCCUGGACCCCGGGCCACCCAGCCAUGCCUUUGCGCCCUGCGGCCACGUCUGCUCCGAGAAGACCGCCCGCUACUGGGCCCAGACCCCACUGCCCCACGGCACCCACGCGUUCCACGCCGCCUGCCCCUUCUGUGGGGCCUGGCUGACCGGUGAGCAUGGCUGUGUGCGCCUCAUCUUCCAGGGGCCGCUGGACUAGGCCCCCCUGCUGCCGCGCCUGCUGCCCACCCAAGGCACCUACUCCCCGCAGCCCAGAGGAGCUCUGUACGUGGGACCCAGCCCACCGGCUGACAGAUGUCCCAGAUGGAUGUGGUGGUCCCAGCCUGGUAGGUGGGCUGCGUCCCUCCCCCUGGAUGGGAUCCCGAGAUCCUGGUCCCAGGCAGACUGCACCAGCUCCGGCCUGAAACGAUGGAUGAAGAGUGGCCCGGUUUGCCUAGCCCUUCCUGGGGCGUCCCCCUCAAGCCGCCUAUACUGUGCCUCCAGGGGAGUGAAGGGGCCCGGGACCCUGACCCCAACUCAGGUUGGCUGCUGCCCCAGCUCCAGACACUCGGUCCAGCUGCCACCCUGGGUUCUUGUAUAAACCUCGUGCUCAGCUGCCCGCAGUCCCUUGGGUCCCUCAUGCAUGCAACGCCUGCCGCCUGAGCCAGCAAUGCAUGGGCAGCAGGCUGGGACUGGCGUUCGCUGCCACCUGCCACGAGCUGGACUCCGUGCCCAGUGGGCGCUGGCGACAGAGACAAUGAGACCAGUUCCCCCACCUGGUGGAGUCUGCAGCCUACAAGAGGGCAGGCCACAUGACCAGGUGCCAGCCUAGCUUCCUCUGGGCUAGAACCAGAGGUGCCAGGGGGAGCGGAGCGGGGCCCACUGCCUGGUGGGGAGGGGAAAAACCUUGGUGGUCGAGCCCGAGCUGCCAGGCCCACCAGGCUAGCUGGCUGGCAGCUCUGGGCAGAGUGGGAGCCUGCUGAGGAAGUAAAUAAGCAAAGUGGCUGGCACCUGGGCUGCAGGUGGGCAGAGAGGGGGCUGGGACAUGGGGUGGGCCAUGCUGCUGGGGGAAGAUGCUGGAGGGGGA